CGUGGACCAAUGUGGCCGUGACGGCAAACGUGUAUGGCUGAAAGGAGUGCGUCUGCCUGACGGUUUGGAGGGGAGGGCAACGGGAUACAAUCAGUGGGUGGACCUUGUUGACUCGCAUUUCCACUUCCACUCCCUUUCCCCUCCACUUUGCUCCACUUUACUUCAUCUUUGUCUUCCAGUCUCAGCACUCACUGACAUAUCCUGGAUCUCCCUGUGGAGCUGGAGAAGGAACCACCCUGGCAUAAAACAAUGGCGCUGUGCACACAGAACGCGGAUCCCUCCAAAGCCAUCCGAAGUGACGGGAAAGAGCCCGGUGAGGCUUCAGACGCGUCGAUGCCAGCCACUGUUAACCUGAGGCUGACCCGAAGUUUGUCCAAGUCGGACUCGGACUUGUUGGCGCCGCCGCCGCUAGGAGAAGAUGACGGAGGUCAUGCUGCUCGCAGCGGAUCUGUGUCCAAGUGCAAGCAGGGCCAGCCCUCCAAGGAGCGAAUGCCUUCCUUCGCCUCUGAGUGGGAUGAGAUUGAGAAAAUCGUGGACCUGAUCGGCGCAGGCAUUGAGACGUCCGACAAGAAACAGGCGAGAUCAGAUGGGGCGUGCGGCAAAGCCCUGGACCAGCCGGUUGGUGAGUGGCUGGAGCGAGCUGGGCUGCCGCAGUACGAGGGCAAGUUCCUGCUCAACGGCUUUGACGACCUGCGCUUCAUGGGAAGUAACGUGAUGGAGGACAAGGAUCUGCGAGACAUUGGGAUCACCGACCCAGGACACAGGAAGAAAAUCCUGCAUGCGGCACGUGGAUUCCCAAAGGUCAAAGCUCUGGGCUGUGAUGGGAGCACAUCUCUGGCCUCGUGGUUGGACGGCCUGGGCCUGCACGAGUAUCUGCCCAACUUCUUAUCCAGUGGCUACCGCACACUGGAGUGUGUCAAGAACCUGUGGGAGCUGGAGAUCAUCAAUGUCAUCAGGGUGGGUCCGCUGGGUCACAGGAAGCGGAUUAUCGCUUCUCUGGCUGAGAGACCCUACGAGGAGGCACCCUCCAAGUCCCGACGCUUGUCUCCGAUCAUGUUCCACGACCUCCUGUCCCAGACCACUUGCCCCUUGGGCCAGAUGGACCCCUACACCAGUCGCUCCAUGGACAUGCUGCUGCCCCUGGCCGAAGCCGACCCGCGGCGGCGAGGAGGACUGGAACAGGACUGUAGCAUCUCUUUGCGUUCCUACUGUGAGCGGCCGCGCUCUGUUGACCGACACAGCGAGCGACACAAAGAAUCUCGCGCCAACCCGCGGCCGCCGAGCCACUCUGCUACCUACGCCACCGUGUCCGCUUGGCACCACCAGCCUGAGAAACUCAUUUUGGACGCCUGUGGGUAUGAGGCAACUUAUUUAGGUUCAAUGAUAAUCAGGGAUCUACGAGGGAUCGAGUCCACACAAGAUGCCUGCGCUAAAAUUAGAAAAUCAAAGGAUUCCAGAAAAGGUCCUGUUGUUAUUCUCUCCAUUACCUACAGGGGGGUCAAGUUUAUUGAUGCAGCCUCAAAGACCAUAGUAGCGGAGCACGAGAUCCGGAACAUCUCUUGUGCCGCCCAGGACCCGGACGACCUGUGCACGUUCGCCUACAUCACCAAGGACCUGAAGAGCGGCCACCAUUUCUGUCAUGUCUUCAGUACGGCAGAGGUGACACAGACGUACGAGAUCAUCCUAACUCUGGGCCAGGCCUUCGAAGUAGCCUACCAGAUGACCGUGCAGUCCAGGCAGAGACACUUCAUCCCCCACUCAUCCCUGGGCUCUGAAGUCGUCGAGACCAAGAGCAGCCGGCCCGUGUCUCAGGCGUGGAGCAGCAUGAGGAGAUCAGCAGGUGCCCCCGUGCUCGAAUGCCGCUGCUGUCACUGUCACACGUGCACCACCCACCGUCCUACCUUCCUCCCGCUGCACUCCGUUAGCCCCGGAGUCCAGAUCGACCCCCUGGAGAUGGACGCCGACAUGCACUCCCUGGGCAGCACCUCCUGGCUCUUGGACCAGCGCGAUGCCAACAGGCGGCCCGUCAGCACCAACCUCUCUUGUCUUACCAGGCAUCAACCACUGUGAGACUUUGUGAGGAGGGUCAGGAUGCCAAACCAAUGAGCAGUUUUGUUUUUGUUGUUUUCUAUGCAUUUGUACAAAAAAAAAAUCAACACGCUGGAUGGGUCACUAACAUAUUUUGCUGCACUUUGAGGAGGCCGGCAGCCCGAUGUCAUGUCAUGGCCCCCCAUCCCAGUGAACACCAUCCGAUGACUGCACGCUGCUUCUCCAACACACUUGACUGAGAGACUGAGGGGGACAAGGGGGGUUGUUGGGGUGGGGUCGCUGCUCUUGCCUUGUAACUGCCCUGUGCCUCUCAGCGUCACGGUAGCACGGAGAGACAAAACAAACUUAACAAAAAUAUCAAAAACAAAAAAAAAACCACUGUGUUAACACUUGGCACUAUCCCUUUGAAUAUCUCAGCUGGGGCGCCCGUUUUGUGAUACUGUUUUGAUAGUCCGAAGUCGGCUGUGACACCAUUUGAGACAAUUUUUGUAAAUGGAAUCCAAACACGCCCUGAUUAUAUUUGAUUAUAUUUUAAAAAAAAAUGAGGAGGGCCCAAGCACGCGUUUUCCCCCAAAUUAGCAUCUCAUUAUCACGCUUAAAUGUUCUCGCACGCCAAGUGUGUGUCAUGUCGCGUUUAAAAAGAAACCAAAUAUACUUUUUCGUGUUGUGGUGUUAACAAAUGGAUUUGCAAUGAGAGCACGAUGCGCACGCACACACGCCAUGUUUCAUUGAGUUUGUUUGAAAGAUGUUGUGGUGUCAACACAAUUUUUCUCACACCUGGCCACUGUCCGUGUGUGUAUUUAUGCGUGUGUGUUGACAGACUGUUUUUUCACAUUUGACCCAUGUGUGUUUGUGUGGUGCCGCAGUAACAGCAGCAUUCUGGCCACUGUGUUCUGACCGUUAGCUUCGAUUGGUGAUGCAUGAUCGCAGUGUCAUAUGUUUUGGUACUUGUGCCAAGCCGGCCAGGCCAGGUCAGUGUGUGUGUGUGUGUGUGUGUGUGUGUGCGCGUGUGUGUGGCGUCUCCCAUCCACUGCCAUUCGUCCAACCAGUUUGAACAUCACCAUGCAGUCAGCCGCCUCCAUCCCGCCGUCCGCCCAUCUUCAUCCUGGCGUCGUGACGUCACGCAUCUUCUCCUGUCUCGUGUGUCACCAUGGCAACGUGCUCGUAUGGCUGCAAAGCAAGGACAGUUGAGUCAAGACAUUUAUUUAGGUCUGAAGUUCAGAGCUCACACCCUCUUCGUACUCCAUCUUAACCUGAACCCAAAUACGGCUACCAGGGUACCAAAGUAGAGGAUGUGUAUUUAUUGACAGGUUGAUUUUGCUAGAUUGGGGGAAUCUCACUCCCUUCACCUUCCACCAGUCUGAGUUUUAGUUCUGAACAAACACCUCUUUUUUUUACUUCAAUGGUUUCUAAGGCAGCCAGUUUAGGCAGCAAACCAGUUGGGCUGCCUGGGGGCUAGCAAGUACAGUGGUGCCUUGAGAUACUAUUUCAGCCACUCCCCGCCCAAAACCCUUUUUCCAAUGUUUUUUUGGGGGGUGAGAAAAUACACAUUUUUCUUGUAGUAUGGAGUAAAUUUUUGUCACUCUCUCCUUCAAUGCCCAACGUGCUGCUCAUUCUGGCGUGUGCACCUUGAAGACCCGGGGGCAGCAUAAGGCAAACAAAUACAGAUAUACUGUACUCGGGAUUGGGCUUGUCUUUCGGCUACUCCAUACUGCAGUUAUAGUAGUUGGUCUUUGCAGAGGAUAAAUAAUGUAUGUCUGAGUAUUGUUAUCUGAUCUUUUUUUGCAGUAAUAUGUUUUUCGUGCAAUGCAAACCUGAGGGCACUUUGAAUUUAUAGGCGACAGUAGGGGGCGAUGCAGGCUAAAAUAUCUGACCAUAGAGCUAAAUUGAGAUGAAAACAGGUGGAUUGAUCCGAUCAAUUCUUAUUCCACAAACAUAAUAUUAAUCGGAAUAUUGUGUUUACAUUAAUGGGGACACAUAGAACAUAUUGCCAAGAAAAUUGUUGACGUGAGUUCUCCUUGAAAGGGUAAAAACAGCGCCACAUAGAUGCUCAUUGUUAGCCUGUGUGGCUAUGGCGUUUCCCCACUGUAUGUUAUCAUUUAGGUAGCUUUAAGUACACAUUGUGUAAUUCUCUUUGUUUUGUGUUUGUUUUGACAGUCAUGUUCAGCCAAGAGUGGAAAUGAACAACUUUCAGACUCCUAUUUGAAGCAUAUUUACUAGAUAUACCUGACAAACUGCCAUCAAAUGAAAAAAAAUCUUCUGGCCUGUAUUUUGAAAAGCUUAAAUCGAGUGACUAGUAUCUCAAGGCACUAUGGUAUCAAAAGUCCCUUACACCUCUCCAGUAGAGCCACAAAAAGUCGGAAGAGCGACUAAAAUUCAAGACACAAACAAAUUUGUGCCCAUUCGCAUGUUAAGGAUUAACGUUUGGGUUUUUUCAUUUAAUGUUUUGAUGUCACCACAGAAAAUAUGUUCGAAACGGUUCCUAAUUCAAUUUGGUUUCUAAACUGGUUUGGGCCGAACUAUGGUUGGGUUUGACUGAAUUGCAAAUGUUUUGUUGUUCUUCAAAAUGGUCUUUUACAAAUUUUCUCUUCUUUUUCACUUCGUGUUUUGGGAUUUUCGUCAGACCUUUAAGACAGCAAACUAGUCGGGCCUGAAUUGACUGUGCACUUUGAUGGUUGCUGUCCAGUACUGAAAUCAUGCCUCAAGAGUGGAUCCUAGUAAAUCAACCAAAAUUGUGGGCAACAAGUGGUACCUUGAUGUGAAACCUCAGCUCAGUGAGGUUCUAAGGUAUUAACUCACACUUAUACUUUUUUUGGCUUUUGGUUUUGUGACAUCACAACUGAAAACUACAAGAAUAAACAAAGCAACAUUUGAAAAAAAAAA